AUGAUGACCAGAAGGCGUGGAGAAUCCACUGUCAUUUUUGACAAUGAAAGAGAGUUUGGAUGGCGGGAUCCAGAGCUUCCAGAAGUUAUACAGAUGUUACAGCAUCAGUUUCCCUCAGUACAGUCAAAUGCUGCAGCCUACUUACAACAUCUCUGUUUUGGAGACAAUAAAAUAAAAGCAGAGAUAAGAAGACAAGGCGGAAUACAGUUACUGGUGGACCUAUUGGACCAUCGGAUGACAGAAGUCCACCGUAGUGCCUGUGGAGCUUUGAGAAACUUGGUAUAUGGAAAGGCAAAUGAUGACAACAAAAUUGCUCUGAAAAACUGUGGUGGUAUCCCAGCAUUAGUACGGUUACUCCGCAAGACUACAGAUUUGGAAAUCAGAGAACUGGUCACAGGAGUUCUCUGGAAUCUAUCCUCCUGUGAUGCACUGAAAAUGCCAAUCAUCCAGGAUGCCCUCGCAGUGUUGACCAAUGCAGUGAUCAUCCCUCACUCUGGAUGGGAAAACUCUCCGCUCCAGGAUGAUCAUAAAAUACAACUCCAUUCAUCACAGGUGCUGCGCAAUGCCACUGGGUGCCUAAGGAAUGUCAGCUCUGCUGGAGAGGAGGCCCGCAGAAGAAUGAGGGAGUGUGAUGGCCUGACAGAUGCAUUGCUGUACGUGAUCCAGUCUGCUCUGGGGAGCAGUGAAAUUGAUAGUAAGACCGUUGAAAACUGUGUGUGCAUUUUAAGGAACCUCUCAUACAGGCUAGCUGCAGAAACAUCUCAGGGACAGCAGAUGGGAACAGAUGAACUUGAUGGAUUACUCUGUGGUGAUGCCAACGGAAAAGAUGCAGAGAGUUCAGGGUGCUGGGGGAAGAAGAAGAAGAAAAAGAAAUCACAAGAUCAGUGGGAUGGUGUAGGACCUCUCCCAGACUGUGCAGAACCACCCAAAGGAAUCCAGAUGCUGUGGCACCCUUCAAUAGUCAAACCCUACCUCACACUUCUCUCUGAGUGCUCAAAUCCAGACACGCUGGAGGGGGCAGCAGGAGCGCUGCAGAACUUGGCUGCUGGGAGUUGGAAG